AUGGUCCACUACAAAUUAACCUACUUUUUGUCGCGUGGCUUGGCUGAUGUCUCUCGUCAACUUUUCCAUUUGGCUGGUGUCGAAUUCGAGGAUGAGCGUCUCAAUCGGGACCAAUUUUUGGAGAGAAAAGACACAUUUCCGUUCAAACAGGUGCCAGUUUUGACUGUUGAUGGAUUGGAGAUACCUCAAUCAAUGGCAAUUGCGAGAUAUUUGGCGCGCAAGUUUGGCUUCUCCGGAGCGACACCAGAAGAACAAGCGAUGGUCGACGCCUUCGUCGACCAAUUCAAAGAUUUCUAUUCGGAAAUCCACGACUAUUUCUAUGCGAAACUGGGAAUCAACCAACUAGAUGGUGACGAGCAGAAAACGAAAGUUUUGAUUCCGGCCAGAGACAAAUUUCUGGCACUUUUGGUGUCAUUUUUGAAGAAAAGCAAGUCGGGAUUUUUGGUGGACUCGGGACUCACUUUUGCUGAUUUGAUUAUCAUUGAUAAUAUGACAACGCUGAUUAAUUGGCAGCCAGAGUAUGCAGAUGGGUAUCCGGAGAUUCUCGCUUGGCGUGAUCGUGUGAUGAACUAUCCGAAGCUUAAGGAAUGGAUCGAGAAAAGACCAGUUACGAUGGCUUGA